AUGCCGAAAAAGAGCAGCCGUGCCACCAAUUGUUCUUACUGCGGCCGCAUGGGACAUGUCGAGGCCCGCUGCUAUCACGCUCACCCCGAACUGGCGCCGCGAGAUUGGGUCAUCCGAAGACCUGGUCAGGGCCGAGGACAGCGCCGCCAAGGACCGCGAGACGAACGCAAACAGAAUAACUUCAUCCAACCGCAACCGUCACGUAAUCAAUGGGUUGGCACAUCAACAGCCAAUGGCGCUCCUGCCACAAAGACCAACCCAACUACUAACAACCAAAGUGGCAAUUUGAAUGCUGUUACGCGCGACAUGACGAAAUUGUCGGUCACCGAUCAGGGGCAGGAAAAGACCUUCCGACUCAUGGACCUUUCCACCGAAUUGGUUCUGGAAGUUCUCGGCCACUGCGAUGUUCUUGCCCUGACACGACUCCUGCGAACCAGCAAACUCACGAAGAGUCUAGUCGAAUCACUUGAGAUUAUCGAGGAGAUUGCUGGAAACGCCAAGAUCCUCGGAAAACUCCAUAUUGCGGUCCAGAGAUCAAAAGAACAUCGUAAAUGGUCGCUCCCUCUAGAUCUUUCAAACUGGAACCCCGCCAGCAUCUUGUCCAGUUACAAGUCUGAAAUCUGUCCAACCUGCCCCCCUCACGAAGCCGACUUCAAUGCUCCAGAGGGGUGGGAGGAACCUGUGCCACAUUCAUGGAUGAAGCUAGUCAAUGCCACCGAUGGCAUGUACACAUGUUUCGAUUGCUUUAUUCACACGCCGGGCUACCGACUUGCCCUCGACAUCGAGGAGUUUAAGCAAGCAGAGGAAUGGAUCCAUUACCGACCCGACGUUGGAUUCGCCAAGAAUUACCUGGACAACAGAGUUUGUCGUCACGGGGCCAGACUCAGCGGCCUACAACCGAUCUUCUUAUCACAAGAGGGCGGACCGACCUUUGCUCGGAUCUCCAGAAACCUAUGGGCAAAGGUUCGGCCUUUCGCGGACAGCCUCGGUUACGACGCCCGUGAAGUUGACCGGUACUAUCUAGCUGAAGGAUGCGAUAAGCAUACCCGUCCGGACAUGUGCACUGCACCGGACGACAUUAGCGACUACGACCCGAAUGAAAUUUGA